AAUUUCGAUCGAAAUCUCAUCGUUUCAAUUAUGCAGAAAGGAAUUGUUCUGUUGCUUCUCCAUGUCUUCUGCGACACUGCAUUGGCAGGACAAUGUGGAAAGGUGUGGGUCACAGUUUCCUCUUUGUGGAGACCAAUUGCUGCUUGCGACAAAGUGGUCGAUGCGGAAUUAGAAAUAAAUUGGGAAUUUGAUUGUCUAGCGGGCACAAGAUAUUCAGAUACCCAGAUCAAGGUGUUCACUGCUGACCCGUUAGCAGCACAUAAUAAAAUGAUAAAGCCUGAAUUGAUCUUGACUUCCUUGCAACGCCCGCGAGGAUAUUACAGGACAAAUAUUACAGUCGGUCGACCACCGUUACCAGGAGGAUGGGAUACAAAGGAUGGGGCAACUCUUCCAGGAUCACAUUGUCUCGAUUAUUAUGCAAUCCUUUACAAAGAUGGUCACAUGCUCUCUAUGACCUGUUUACAAAUUUGGCCGACUUGGAUGUAUGAUUUGAGGAGAGAAAUCGGUAUGCUUCCUAUCGGCAGCCUAAUGAUACCCGGAACACAUAAUUCCGGCUGUUAUAAGCACGGCGAUCUGACGCGCCGGGAUGCCUUUCAACGAUACUUGCUGACGCAAGAUCGCGACGUUUGGACGCAAUUGGUGCACGGCAUAAGAUAUUUGGAUAUCAGAGUUGGAUAUUACCCAUCGAUACCGAACGGCACCGCACUCGAUGAAGAGGGCAACCAUGUAAAUAGAUUUUGGAUCAAUCACGACGUCAUUCGCAUUACACCUCUUUCGGAGAUCAUAAAGGACGUGAGAAAUUUUUUGGACGCGGCGAGGGGUGAGGUUGUUAUUAUGGAUUUUCAUAGAUUUCCCGUGGGCUUCGAAGGUAGGCCAAACAGACACCGAAAAUUAAUAGCUAUUUUACAUCAAGAGUUCGAAGGGUUAAUUCUGAAACCAGACAGAGGGGUCGAAGGCCUGGGGCCAACAUUGAAUGACAUCUGGACCGGCGGGAAGAGAUUAAUUAUUUGUUAUGGCGAUAAGCAUGUAGUAAAUGACUACGAUUGGCUGUGGCCACCCUUAACACAAGUAUGGGGCAAUCAACAAACCGUGGAAGGUCUAUUCGAGUACUUGGACGAAGAGAUCUUGGGAUCAAAGAAACGCAAGAAUAGUCAGAAUCCAUUGUGGGCAGUAAUGGCGGAACUGACGCCAUUCCCAUUGGAUAUAUUCUUUAAUUUAUCCGGUGGACUUCGGCAGAUGGCCGAUUCCGUUAACCGAAAUCUCACUGUCAAGUUUCAAGAGGAGUGGUGGAAGGAAACGAAUAUCGUUGCUACAGAUUUUUUCCUCGGAAACGACUUGAUCUGGGUAUCGAGAAUGUCAAACAUAAAGAAAAGUAAUAUCGCACAAUGGCGUUUAUAGUCGAUAUAUAAAAUUACAAAUCAUUCUUUGUUUCGAAAAAGUGCAUUUAUAAAUUAAACGAUCGUUUCCGUUAAACUUCUUCAUAAAUUAUAUUAAAGAUAAAAUAUAUAAUGUAUGUUGAAAUAAAUUAAUAUUUACAAACAAA